CGUCUUAUCCGUCGCCCCACGUGAAGAAAGCGUAAGGUUGCAAGUGUUGUCACUGUCCUCGUCGAACAGUUUGCUCUACAGCGUGAAAAUGUUGAAGGAUUUGGUACGCGAGCGAAUGAUUGCGGCCGCCGACGAAAUCUUCGCACUGUUUGAAAGAACGAUGGCGUCGUACGAGGAGCAACUUUGUCGAGCCAGAGAUGAAACCGAGCGGCACCGACGACAACUGGAAGCUGUUUGCAAGACUCAAGUUCUUAUACGACUCGAAGACGUCCAGCAGCUGAUUGGUUGUAAGGAGGCAGAGUUGGGGGGCUCCAGUUCCGAGCAGAGGAUUUCUCCGCCCGCCUUUGUAAAAGAGGAAGGUACUGAUCUGCUCUCCGUCCACGUCGAAGAGGAAGCGCAUGAGGUGCCCAUUGACCUGAAGGAGGAGAGGGUGUUGGUUAACGUCAGCAAUUUGCCACCGACUCGCGCCUGCGCGGGCCAUGAAGACGAGCCACCCGAGCGGUCACAUCUUCCUCAUCACAAUCCAAGCGGAAACCAGUGUGAAGGACCACCACCGGACCACCUCGAAGUGCCGCGCCGAAAGAGAGAUGACGACCCAAAGAUCGACGCACAGCGUGAAGCCUUCGGGCAGCAGGCGGGCCACGGGGGAGAACACGAUCCACAGUUCACCCAUGAUGAAGAGGAACAGGAGAUUCCAGUUCCUCCCAGCCUUCAGGACAAAGACGGGCUGCUCGGCGUCAGCAAGUCGCCGCCGAAAAGCGUCUUUACGGGGAGUGAAGACGCCGCUGAACCGCCCCGACCCCGGCCCCGGCGCCACUGCGUAGACCACUCUGAAGGAUCACUGGCAGAAAAGCUCUUCACUCCUGCGCCAGGCAGCGCCAACCGAAAGAACACCAACAAACGGGUGAAGAGCUCUAAAGACAAGACAACUCUCGGCGAUAAGGAAACUUCCCAUGUGCGUGAAAACCGUUUGCCCUGCUCGGUGUGUGGUAAAACGUUUCAUAGUCAAUAUCUGAUUAUUCAUAUGAGAAAGCACACGGGAGAAAAACCCUACGGUUGCUCACUUUGCACUGAAAGGUUUCCCAGUCAGCCGCAUUUGGGCCAACACAUGCUAACACACACCGGCGAAAGCCCUUAUUGUUGCUCAACCUGCGGCAAGACGCUCAAAUACAGGUCGAGCCUGGUGUCGCAUUUGAAAAUUCACAAAAGAGAGCUGCCUUUUAGUUGCGGCGUUUGCGCAAAAACCUUCAGGCAAAAGGCCGCCAUGUUGAGGCACACGAAAACGCACACGAACAAGAAAAGCUUGCCGUGCCCCGUUUGCGACGCCGUGUUCACCACAAAGACGGAAAUGGCGAAACACGCCAGAAUGCACCGGGAGAAAAAGCGCUUGAGCUGCCCGCUUUGUGAAAGACAGUUUGCGAACCUGUCCGAUAAGAUUCGACACAUGACGAUCCACACGGGAGAAAAUGAAUUUCUAGCUUCAUUGGGCUAAAGAGAUUGCUAAGCCGUCAGACACGCUUUGAGCAGGAAAACAUUUCUGGCGGACACAAAAUAGCUUUGAAUGUACUUGUCGGCUAAAUGCGAAAAACAUU